UCUUACAGUACUCUGCAAUAAAUCUGGCAAGUACAAGAACAUCAUUAUUUAAUUCCAUCAAAUAAAUAAAUAUUUUAUAAUUAAAAAAUUAAAAAAAUGAAACCACAAAAAUUUAUACAAAGUUACAAAUGUGAUUGUUUUCAACCACAUAACUAUUGUAAUUGUUCGCAUAAAAUUAUCUCUAGUGAUAUAUUAAUAGAAAAUGUUAACGAUAUAGCAGAAUCUUUAGUCGAGGUAAUGAAUCUUUGUGGUAUAUAUUUGGUAAAAGCUAAAGCCUCUAUAGAUAUCAUCAUAUAUUAUUUUCUGCAUUUUGAAGAAAUAAUCCAUCGUAUUGAUUCCAUACCGAAAAAACGCUUCUGCAAAGAAGAUCUUAUACAUGAUCUGAGUCGUAAAUGUUCCAUGGAUCGGAUAGAAGCACAAAUGGCUUGUUCUAUUAUAAAAAGAGCAUUUAAAGCUUUUUAUCAUGGUACCGAUAUGGGGGGAGUACCCAAUAAUUUGUUAAGCGAUAAGCUAACACAUACCUCUGAAUGUCUGUGGGUGCAUGCGGCAAAACGUACAGCCCAAAUUUACGCUGCAUAUGAGGGCUUAUUUUAUGCCUGUCAAAAAGAUUUGGAGUGUAAAAUUAAAUUAAUUUAUAAACAAUUGUAUGAUCGAAUUUCAAACAGAAAUCAACCAGAUGAUGAGCCAGAAUGUACUUGUAUGAAAUGCUUUAAAAGAAUUGCCAAAGAAAGUCUAAAGUCAGUUAAAGUUACUACAGGAAUGCAUGACGUUAAGGAUCCCUAUGAAGCGAUAUAUUUAAAAGAGCAGGAAGAAGAUAAGGAAAAGCAAAGAAAUCAAAACUGUACUGUUAUGCUUGAAUCAUUGGUUGAAAAGGAAAAUGAAAGAAAACAGCACUGCUUUUGUCCUUCCCUUAACAUAACAGCAAAAGAUUAUGUUUAUCGAGAAAUUGCCGAGUCUACUUAUACUGGAUCAAGUCAAGGGCCUUUUGAUUGUCGUUGGAUCUCCAUUAGUAAGGAGGAGUUUGAGGCUGACGAGGGCGAAGUGAAUGUAAAAUUGCCGAAUGAAUUUCCUUGUCCUCCAUGUCAUACAGAUGAGGAAUGUGAAACAGAAUGCGAAUGUUCUUGUGAGGAUUGUACCUGUAAAUCAGAUGAUGACAUUGUUUGUGGUGAAUCUUAUAUGGAAAAUGGGGAAGAUAUAGAAAAAGAAUUUUUGAGUGAAGAAACUGCUCAAUUAUUAGAAAAUUAUACUAAAUCUGAAUCAAUAACUGCAGAUUUUAGUGCAUGUACACAAUGAAUGUCAAAAAAGGAUGUGGAAAUUUUAAGAUAUAUUUUAGACUCUUAAAUUAUAUUGUUUUCAAUAAUAUUAAUCAUAUUGAUAUUGAAUUUGGCAUAGUAAAUCUAAAUUAUAAAAAAUCAUUUCAUGUCAAGUGUUUUUAAAAAGAGUACUUUUUAAAAAAUGCUGUAGAUGGGAACACAAAAUAUUUAUAAUUGGAUAGAAAUUUAAAAAAUCUAAAAAAUUAAGAAAAUUGCCUUACAUUUUUGAAUCAAAU